GUUGUGCAUUGCUUCACCAGAAGAACAUUUUUUGGGUAUCCCUUAACUAAAGCAGGUUCUGGUGUGCUCCAGCAGACUAAAGAUGUUUGUUUGAGGUUCUGCAGACCACGAAGUUCUACAACAGCUGCUGACACCUCUGGAGAGGACAUCUUACUCAAAUGGGGCCUUUUCCUGGUCCCUGUGACCACGUUCUGUCUCGGCACUUGGCAGGUUCAGCGACGAAAGUGGAAAUUAGAUUUGAUUGCACAACUGGCAUCAAGGAUUAAAUCAGAGCCCAUCCCUCUGACAUUAGACCCCGUGGAACUGAGGGAGCUGGAGUACAGACCUGUGAAGGUCCGAGGGCAUUUUGACCACUCCAAGGAGCUCUAUAUCCUGCCACGGUCACUCGUGGACCCUGAGCGAGAGGCCAGAGAGGCUGGGAGGCUGACUUCCCACCCAGAGAAUGGAGCAAACGUGGUCACUCCUUUCUACUGCACAGAGCUGGGGGUCACGAUUCUUGUCAACCGAGGAUUUGUGCCCAAAAAGAAAUUGAAGCCAGAGACGAGGCUGAAGGGACAGAUUGAGGAUGAAAUUGAUCUCACGGGGGUGGUGAGGUUAUCAGAAACACGGAAACCUUUUGUGCCUGAAAACAACAUUGAGAAGAACCGCUGGCACUACCGGGACCUGGAGGCCAUGGCGAGGGUGACCGGCGCCGAGCCCGUCUUCAUCGACGCAGAUUUCAGAAGCACAGUCCCAGGGGGGCCCAUCGGAGGCCAGACGAGGGUGAGCCUGAGGAACGAGCACAUGCAGUACAUUGUCACCUGGUAUGGCUUAUGUGCUGCAACUUCCUUCAUGUGGUACAGAAAAUUCAUACAGAAGAUACCUCUGUGAGGGGAAGGGCUGAUUUCUGCUCUACU